AUGACACAACCAAACAUCCACUGGGUGUACUACCCCGUUCCAGGGCCUUUCGGAUCCGGAUAUCCAGGGAUUCCGCCUCCGCCAGUGCCUGUGCCAGUCAACAGCCCUCACUCGCCUAGUCCACAACCACCUCCUGCGCCAGCGCCUACGCAGCCAACGUACGAUGACGAACCGUACGAAAUCAUUCAUAUAAAGCGGCGGUACAGCACGCCGCCUACAGCUCAUCACCACGAACCACCUCCUCCACCUUCACCCCCACCGCCUGCACCGCCUGCACCGCCUGCACCUGCACCUCGAGCACACUCUCCACCAAGGCCUCGGCGUCGCACCAGCAUCGUGUUUCAUGACUCAAGCACGGAGGACGACCGACGCGCUACUCCAGCUCCUCGACGCCCUGAGAUACACUACCGACAUGUCUCCGCGCCUGAACAAAAACGAGAUGACAGGCACGGACAUGAUGUGCAUCGUGGAGUCGAGUACCGCGACGUGUCACACCAUGGUCCCUCGCGAUAUGAACAUUACGUGGCGGUGGAUGACUAUGACGGCUAUCACCAUCCGUCGCCGCCACCGCCCCAGAGACGUCCACCUCCUGCCCAACCUCCCCCAGCUCGUCACCCCCAUCAUGACCACUCUCCACCGCCUCCUAGAAGACUUGCUACCAGAGAAGCAAUGAUCCCUGGCCCACCGCCUCGACCACCGCCAGCGCGGCACCACUAUCACGAACCUGAACUGUCUCGUGGUCGUAACCGCUCUCCACUUCGAAGCGCCAUGAGAGCUCCUAGCCGGCCCCGACCUGGCAGACAUUCUGCGGGCUUCGACCGCCCAGCUCGCAGCACGGAUAGCCUGGCAGUCAACUUCAAUGAAGCGAGGGUCUCGUUCGCGCCUGAACCGCGGUCGUCGCGACGCCAUGAUUCUUUCAGUGACAGCGACAUCGAGAUCGAACAGGUUAGGACUCGGCGGAGAUAUCGACCAGGCUAUGAUGGCCAUGACAGCAUAGAGCACGAGGCACCGCCUGAUGACUUCUCCAACUUUGACGACCAUCGUGGCUAUCACUACGAAUACCAUCGCGUGGUUGCACGAGACGCCGAACCAUUGCCAGCACCAACCCCACCCCCUACUACCAAGAAGCAAGACAACCACCAGCCUAGCGGUCCAAAGCAUCCAGCUCCAGCUUCAGCGCCAACUUCAGCGCCAACAUCGACACCGGCACUAGCCCCAGCGAAGCCAGAACCAUGCAGCCACUGCAACCCACCCAAGGAAGCUGCUUCAAAGCCCGAUAGCACCAAAGUAGCUCCAGCGCCUAAAGAAAAGGCUCCGGAACAGCACUGGGAGGAGGACUGGGAUUCGGAUACUGCUACCCAUGACAGCCGUGAACCGUUCACGCAUGUGGAUGUCAGGGAGGUAAGACGUUCGGACGGAAGAUGUAUCGAGAUUGAGGAGACUACGCACUUGCCUGAGGAACAUCAUCGAGACGGGGGCAGGAGCGUGAGGAUGUCUUGGAGGGAUGUUUGA